AUGUCUGGUAAAGAUGAUAUAAAUAGCGAGAAAUUGUCGUAUUUGUUGGAACUCCUAGGCAAGAAGAAGAUUUCUACUAUAAAUUCGGACUAUGAAUCCGAUUCCGAUUUUGAGGAUAUUGAAAAGCCAAAUAUAUACCCUCUUUUAAAUAUGAUGUUAGCUACAACUCCAGUGAUUACUGAUGAAUAUCCUUCAGUAACUACAGAAGCACAAAUCCAGGUACAGCUAUCAAUUAACUCAAUAUACAGGGGCUUGAUUCAAUCCAGCACGAAUGAAGUUCACAACAGGCCUUUUUGCAUUACAGAGCACAAUAAGUAUAUUAUGAAAUCAUUAACAGAUCCUUUGCCAUAUUAUUAUAAAUCUCUAGAUGCAAACCAUGGUUGGUUAUUAUUUUGGUUGAUUAACUCGUACAGCAUUAUUAAUGGAAGACUUAAAGAUGCUAAGAUUCGUGAUCUUGUGUCCAACAAAAUUUGUCGGAACGUUAUUGAUGAAGGCUCAGGUGGAAUUGCUGGAGGUGCCAAUCAAAUUGGGCAUGCUGCUGCAACUUAUGCAUCUAUUUUGGCGCUUGUCCUAGUUGAGGAUUAUGAACUAUUGAAUAAAAUUAGACCUAAUUUGUAUAAAUGGUUUUUAAGUUUGAAAAUGCCAAAUGGUUCUUUUAUAAUGCACCAAAAUGGAGAAAGUGAUACUAGAUCAACUUAUUGUGUUCUAGUUGUUGCAUCAUUGUUAAACAUUUUAACCACAGAUUUGUGUGAAGGUACCUUGCAGUGGUUAAAUCUGUGUCAGACUUUUGAAGGUGGUUUUGCAGGUGUUCCAAAUACUGAAGCACAUGGUGGCUAUACGUUUUGCGGAAUGGCCAGUUACUUUUUAUUAUUAAAUCCUAUGAAUGGAGAUUUCUUACAACAAAUCAAUAACCAAAUUGAUGUUCAUUUGUUAAUAAGAUGGUGUGUAAUGAGACAAUACCAAUUGGAAGGUGGGCUAUCGGGGCGUACGAAUAAAUUAGUUGAUGCGUGCUACAGUUUUUGGAUAGGUGCUAUCUACCCUAUGAUUGAAUUGAUAACCAAUACUAAAACAAUAUUCGACAGAGAUGCAUUAAAGUGCUACAUUUUGAACUGCUGUCAAAAUAUUGAAACUGGUGGAUUUAAAGAUAAACCCGGAAAAUCAGUUGACUUCUAUCACACAAAUUAUACCAUAUGUGGUCUCAGUAUAACUGAACAUCAUUUUCUGUUCUCCCCAACUGAAAAGACAGAAUCUGACGCAUUUGCAUAUCUGAUUGAUCAUGAAAAGAUCAAUGAAGACGAUUCUCAUACAAAUGGUAUAAAUCCAGUUUUUAGUUUACCUAAUGGCAUGGCAGAAGAAUGCAAGAGAUAUUUUCAGAGAAUGGACGAACAUAUAUAA